CUGAGACUAUCUCAGAAUUUUUUACCUGGAUUUGAACAGUGUAGGGUACCUACUGAACGUGAAAUGGACCCAUCAUAUCCACCAGGCGGCUCAAGGCCAAUUGGAUUUGAAAUGCAAGAUGCUAGAAAACCAGUGCCAUUGGGAUUUGAGGGGAUGGAUGCACCACCACCUUCAGAUGAGAAACUCUACCCAAAUAUUGGUGACAGCCCUACACCAGUGGAAGAAGCAAACGUUAACCCAUCCAUGCCUCCAGUUGGUUACAUGCCCAUAGAUAAGGGUGGUCUCGAAGAGGUUUCAGUAGAGAAUGGAGACAAUAAGAAAAUACAAAGCACGGGUGAUGUCAACUUGAUCAAUACACAGGGAUGGUAUAACAAGAAGGAUGAAAACUCUCAGCUGUAUUUCCGAGAUGGAAAGCGGAAAAUUGAUUACGUCAUCGCAUAUAAAGAGGGCUCUGGAAACAGUGAAGAUAAGAAAAGGGAAAGGAGAGAAACCUUUCAAGCUAACCUUCAUGAUGAGGGCUUGGAAUUGGAAGUUGAGGAUCGUAAGGACGGGAAGACAAUAUUUAUAAAGAUUCAUGCUCCCUGGGAUGUUCUUGCGCGAUAUGCAGAGCUCAUGAGGAUAAAAAUGCCAAUUGAGGAGAAUGACAUGGAUAUAGACUUUACGAGCUGUUUCAAUAAGUGUCACAAUCCACUUGACUGGAGCGAAGAUAUAGUCCCAGCUGAGCCGAACUACUUUACUGCACCAUUUAACAGGAGCAGAGAGAACAUCUUUAUAAUUAACAACAAGGACACAUUCUUCACAAAUGCACAGAGGUCGCGUAUGGUCUAUGAGGUGCUGUUGAGAACCAAGUAUGAACCAGCAAGAGAUAAGAUAGGAAUUGAUAAACUGGUCAGUAAUGGCGCCUAUACUGCCCACUUUCCAUUACAUGACGGCAAAUUCACCAGUGAACACUCCAUAUUGACCAAUGGGGCUGCUAAUGACAGACAUUUGUUGUAUGAGACAUGGGCCAGGCCUGGCGUAUGGUACAAACAUCAACCCCUAGAUCUCAUCAGAAACUACUUUGGCGAGAAAGUUGGUAUAUAUUUUGCCUGGCUUGGAUUCUACACAGGGAUGUUGAUUCCUGCCUCUUUAGUUGGUUUAGCCGUCUUCAUUUAUGGAAUAGCAACGCUGUGGGAGAAUAUACCAAGUGAAGAUAUAUGUGACAAAAGUGGUGCAGGGAACAUCACAAUGUGCCCGCUGUGUGAUAAACGAUGCUACUACUGGAAGCUAUCCACUUCCUGUUUAUACAGCAGAGCCACCUAUUUGUUUGAUAAUCCCUCCACUGUUUUCUUCGCUGCAUUCAUGGCUUUAUGGGCAACUGUGUUUCUGGAGUUCUGGAAGAGGAAACAGGCUGAGAUUGAAUAUGAUUGGGAUGUGGCAGACUAUGAGUUUGAAGAGCAUGUUCGUCCAGAGUUUGAAGCCAAGGUGACUCGUACAAAAGUAAACCCAGUAACCAAGAUUGAAGAACCAUAUUUGCCAUUCUACAGUAAAGGAUGUCGUAGAUUUACAUCACUCCUUGUUAUAUGUUUCAUGAUUUGCCUUGUAUUGGCAGCUCUACUUGGAGUGAUUGUGUACCGUAUUGUCAUUGUCGCAGUAUUCUACGCACAACCAUAUAGGUAUAUUCAGGAAAAUGCCAAACUCGCUACCACGGCAACAGCAGCCUGUAUUAACUUGAUCAUCAUUAUGUUGCUGAACAAAAUAUACUACCAAGUUGCCUUAGCAUUGACCAACUUAGAGCGACCAAGAACAGACACAGAAUUUGAAAACAGCUUCACUAUAAAGAUGUUCUGCUUUCAAUUUGUUAACUUCUACGCCACCAUAUUUUAUAUCGCUUUCUUCAAGGGCAGCUUUGUGGGACGCCCAGGAUUCUACGAUCGAACUUUUAUCUAUCGUCAAGAAGAGUGUGACCCUGCAGGUUGUCUAAUUGAGCUAUGUAUACAGCUAGCUAUAGUGAUGGUGGGCAAGCAGGCAUUUAACAAUUUUAAGGAGAUCAUGAUACCUAAGAUCAAAAAUUGGUGCUCUGCAAGAGGCGCCAAAAAGGCAGAAAAACAAGAAGACAACAUCUACACACGCUGGGAGCGGGACCAUGAUCUUACUGCAUCGCCACCUAUGGGAUUAUUUGAGGAGUACUUAGAAAUGGUUAUCCAGUAUGGGUUUGUGACCAUAUUUGUGGCUGCCUUUCCAUUGGCCCCAUUGUUUGCCCUCAUUAACAACAUCAUUGAGAUACGACUAGAUGCCUUCAAGUUUGUGUGUGAAUGGAGACGUCCUCCUGCCAUGAAGGCACAGGAUAUUGGUAUAUGGUUUGGAAUACUCCAGGGUAUCACAUUCAUAGCUGUCAUAACAAAUGCUUUUAUCAUCGCUUAUACAUCAGAUUUCAUCCCAAAAAUGGUAUACCGCUUCUCCCCCAAUGAUGGCCACCAAGAUCUUACUGGGUACAUGCGAUGGACUCUCAGUAAAUUUGACGUGAAUGACUUUGAGAAUUCUAGCAGACCAGAUCCCAACCACGACUCAGCUAGGUCACCUGAAUUUAAUAACACCAUUGUUACAGAGUGCAGUUAUCGAGACUUUAGGAAUCCUCCAGGUAUCGACCCCAAGUAUGAACACACUCUGACAUACUGGUAUAUCUUUGCAGCUCGGCUGGCAUUUGUCAUAGUUUUUGAACACGCAAUCUUCCUGUUAACAUGGGUCAUCGGGUACAUGAUCCCAGAUAUCCCAGCUGACGUACACCUGAUGAUGCUACGAGAAAACUACCUAGCCAAGGAGGCCAUCUAUACCACAGAAAAGGAUAAGAGCAAAGAAGAGCGGGAAAGACUGAAGAAUGAUGUGCAUAAACAAGACUAAUGUACCCCAUGUGGGUAGUUUCAUUAAGUUUUGGUAAAUCAGGAAUUUUUAGGAUUUCACCUCAUGAUGAAAACAAUGCCCUAGCUAUUUAUACCAUAGAGAAAGAUAAGAUCGACGAAGGGCAGGGAAAUGCUAAAAAUGAUGUAUAUAUUGCAUACGUGUACAAAGAAGACCAUUUGUUCAUUAUGAGGAAUUCAAUUGUCAUAUCUUGUCAAUCAAAAUUUUCUCAUUUUUAUACUCUGGUAUUGUGGAAACAUAUGUCAUGUUUAAGGAGUAUAUCUUAAGUGUUAAGUGUAAAGUUCAUGAAAUAAUUAGUUGAGAGAUCAACAAGGUAGUGUUGUGAUAUGCUUAUUUAGGAACAAUUUUUUAGUAAGAGAUAUCUGUAGUUGGGAGAGAACACCUGUUGAUUUGUUAGUGCAUGAUCUAAUUAUCUGGGAGCUUGAGCUCUCAGCUAAUCUUUCUUCUUAUACAGGAGAAAGACAUUGUCCUAAAAUGCAAUAUAUUUUCAUAAUUACUAGCCAUUUCAGAUAAGUAUUACACAAAUGUAAUCUGCAUUUUACACUUUUCAAAAGUCAUGUUUCAUUGAAAAACUAAUUUGAACAGUAUACCAGGUAUAUGCCAAAUAGCAUAGAACAAAUACAUAUACAAAUAGAUUUUUUGUGAAUUGUAAAAUA